GUAGAUGAGAGAAUGAAUAAAGGAAAGAGGAAAACAGAGGGAGUGAGUGUUGUAACGAGGGUAAAGGCAGAGCUGAAGAAUGGACCUUGAUAGGGAGGUUCAUCCAAAGAAGAGUAAAAUGAAGUUGAUGUUCAUAUCCCCCCUCUUCCAUUUUCUCCUCUACUGUGCAACCCAGACAUCAGGUGUCACGAUCCAGUCUGACCCAGAAGUCAGCAGUGGGGGUGUUAUACACACAGAGCUGGAGAGGACUGUGUCUCUGCUCUGCCUGCCUGAUGAAGGCUCUGAGACUCAGGCUGACGAAGAGCUGGUGUGGCUUAGGAAUGGCGCUUUGAUCAGUCUGAUGGAGGGAAAUAAGAGGCGUCGCAGCAGCGUGUGUGUUACACCUGUCAUCUAUGGAGAUAACGGUGCCACUUUUACCUGCCACCUGGGCAGAAAUGCCACAGUAAGGGCCUCAGUCACUCUGAAUGUAACAUAUCACCCACAGCUCUCUGGGUCAGAGGAGGUUGUGGUAGAAGAUGAGUCAGUGCUUGUCCUGCAGUGUGAUAUCUGGGCCAAUCCACCGGUCUCCUUCGUGUCAUGGACACUAAAUGGAAGCACAGUGGAUCUGUUAGCAGGUGGCUUCACGGUAACCAAUGAUGGCUUUACAAGCCAGCUGACCAGCAACAGCGUGGAGAAAAGCCUGCAUGAAGGCACGUAUCAGUGCACAGCGGACUCCCCCGUCUACGGGGAACACAGCAAGCGCUUCGAAGUCAGAGUAACAGAAAAGACCAUGAAGUUCCCGAAGAUGCCUGUGAUAGCAGGGGUGGUGGUGGUGUGCCUUACUGGGCUUUUUGCUGUGGCUUCACGGUGGAGCAAAAUCACGAAGUGCUUCAAGUAAGUUGUGUCCAAAAUAACUGGUCUUCUCUGCUUCACCGAAUGAUGACAUGAGGACAUCACCCCCCUCUACUGAGUGCAAGAGACUGUGAUUACCCAUUUACAUAGCCCAGUUUUUAAUUUUAUAUUUGACAUUAUUAUAUUCAACGUUUUGGGAAAUGCACUUAUUUGCUGUCUUACUGAAAGUUUGAAGAUCAAUAGCACUUUCAUAUCUGUCUGUUAAACAUGAAGUAACAGUACAGCCAGCAGCUGGUUAGCUUAGCUUAGCACAAAGACUUGG